AUGCUUCAAGGAGAUAAGCAAGAAUCUAGUGGGGCAAAAUCAAAAGCUGACACAGGGCAAUUAAGUAAUUUAGAUAUACAAAAGCAAGAAUAUACAAGCCAUAAUUUAGAUAUGCUUCAAGCGAGGUUAAGAAGGGCGAGCAGGGCAGCUUCGUCGGCUUCCAGUGAUGGAGAGCGGAGCAUCAACACAAGGGGUUUAAUUGCGGUGGAGAAUUGUUGGCGACACCGCUGGGAAGUCUUGGUGAGUCGCCAGAUCUCUUGUAAGACUGUCGGAGAGGAGGGACUCCACCAGAUGGGACUCGCUGGAAAGUGCCAGAGAGGAGGGGCUCCACAGGCUGGGUGUCACUGGAAAGCGUUGGACGGCGGGGCGGGGCUGGACGGAGGUCAGAGGUGGGGGGCGCUAGCGCCAAGAGAAACGUCGGAGGUGGGAGAAGCUGUCGACGUCGAGAACUGA